UACUUACAGAUUAGCAUUGACCCGUAUCAUAUAGAAAUCUGGCCAGGUUAUAUUACAUCCAUUCGUCAACAUGAGCGGGAUAUUCUUCUCUGCACUGAGAUUACACAUAAAGUUAUGCGCACCGAUACUCUUUACACCAUACUUCGUCAACUAACGGUCGAAACUAAAGACUAUCAAAAAGCUUUUAAGACUGAAGUUAUAGGUUCUAUUGUGUUGACGGACUAUAACAAUAAAACUUAUCGUAUAACUGACGUUGAUUUUACGAGUUCUCCUCUAUCGACAUUUUCAUUGAAAGAUACAAAAGUUUCAUUUGCUGAAUAUUUUAAAUCGCGUUAUAAUCUAAUCAUAACCGACUCCAGUCAACCAAUGUUAAUAUCGAAACCAACCAAUAAGCAUAUACGUGGUGGUCAAGAAGAAUUUAUCUCAUUGAUUCCUGAGUUCACGCGUGCAACUGGUAUAACUGAUCAUAUGAGAACAAAUAUUCGUUUCAUGAAAUCGAUGAGCGAUCAUACUCGGCUCAAUCCGGAAAUGAGACUUCAACGCUUGAGAAAUUUCAACGAACGUCUCAAUUCUUCUGCUAAAAGUACAGAGGUUCUUAAAGAGUGGAAUAUGAAAUUGGAUAAUGAUUUACUUAAAAUUCCAGCACGUAUUUUACCCUGUGAAAAAAUCUUACUAGGUCAUGGUGUUCGGUAUAUAUGUGAUGAGAAAGCUAACUGGACCCGCGAGUUCCGAAACUGUUCAAUGUUUUGUAAUGCCGAAAUUAGUCGUUGGCAAGUAAUCCUCCCAUCACGUUGUUGUCGUGAAACUCAAUUGUUUGUUCAAAUGUGUAUUAAAGUAGCAAGAAAUAUGAGUUUAGUACUGGCCACACCAAAAUACAUUGAAAUGGAUGACGAUCGUAACAACUCUUAUACAACUGCAGUGGAAAUGGCAACCUCAGAGGAUCCUCAAAUUUUAAUGAUUGUUAUUCAACAACCCAACGAGGAAAAGUACUCUGUCAUUAAAAAGAAGUGUUGCAUCGAUCGACCUGUAGCUUCACAAGUUGUUACUAUGAAAAUGAUAGCACCUACUUCAGAAAAAAGUGCAGGUUUAAUGUCAAUCGCUACUAAAGUUGUCAUACAAAUGAACGCCAAACUACGUGGUAUACCAUGGAUGAUUGAUCUACCACUCAAAGGUCUAAUGACAAUUGGAUUUGAUGUUUGUCAUUCUUCUAAGGAUAAGAAUACCUCAUAUAGCGCCCUUGUUGCCACAAUGGAUGUCCGCAGUUCAUCAAGAUAUUUUUCGGCUGUUAGUAAGCACCAAAAAUUUCAAGAGCUUUCAAAUGAUAUUAUACUGCAUUUCACAUUCGCUUUGAGAGCAUAUAGAAAUGAACACGGAUCUUUGCCUGAACGCAUUUUAUUUUAUCGUGAUGGUGUCGGCGAUGGUCAACUGCAUCAAGUAGUAAAUACUGAGCUUAACCAUUUACGAAUCAAGGCACAAGAAAUCUAUGAAGCGGCUGGAAAACAUGAAAUUGGACCACGUUUAGCUUUCAUAGUUGUUUCCAAACGUUUAAAUACUCGCUACUUUUUCAGCAAUAAUAAUCCACCACCAGGAACAGUCGUUGAUGAUGUUAUAACAUUGCCGGAACGUUAUGAUUUCUUCAUAGUUUCGCAAAGUGUGCGUCAGGGUACGGUUUCUCCUACGAGUUAUAAUGUAAUUUAUGAUACCAUGGGUCUCACACCAGAUCGUAUACAAAUGCUCACAUACAAAAUGACGCACAUGUACUAUAACUACACAGGUACCUGUCGUGUCCCGGCUGUUUGUCAGUAUGCGCAUAAGUUAGCUUAUUUAGUUGCUGAAAGCAUACAUUGUCCACCCUCUCAAUUACAUGAAAGAAAUUUAUACUUUUUGUAA